ACAGACACAAUGGAGAAAGCCAUCUUUGUUUGUGUUUUUUCUUCCUGGAUUAUGCAAAUAAUUUCCAGCGAUGUUUCAGAACAUGAAGUGACUCUGUUAAGAGUUCAGAAGGGAGAAAGCAUCAGCCUGAACUGCAAUUUGACAAACAGAUAUGAGUUGGCCUGGUAUCACCAGUAUUCUCAACAACUAACUCAACUAAUAUCUGCUAAGACCAGCAGUGUAGCGGGAAGAAAACUGCUAGUUAGGUACAAUCAAAACUGGAGUCGUCUGACAGUGAAAGCAGAUGUGGAGAUCAACACAGUCUCGCUAGUUAUUUCUGAUCUAACAGAGCCAGAUUCAGGUCUUUAUUUCUGUGGAACAAAAUCAGUGACUUCAGAAAUGCACUUCAACAAACCCGUAAGACUACAGAUGGAGGACAAGCUGACAGACAGAGAGGACAAAGUUAAUUCCGUCACAGAUCCGCCAGAGGAUGCUGAGCUCACAGACGGGGUGACACUGACGGAGCGUGUGCUGAUGUUCGGUGGUGUUGGUUUGGCUGUGUUGGUGUUUUUUCUGGCUACAGUCAUCGCAGGAGGAAUUAUUCACUAUCGCGGCUGGCAGAAAGGAUGGACCGCAGCCAAACGCUCAUCUCUGAUUCACCACAAAUCAGCUAAAUAACACAUUUAUGUGUUAUAUGUUUCACUGUAUUCUAGUAAUCAAUAUUGCUGUAGGUUACAACCUAUGGUGGCUCAACAAAGUGGUUCAGAUGUGGUUCUGUUGGCCAGAUCUCACUUAGACUUUUGUUGAGGCAAAGCUCUAGAGAAGCAUUAAUAUGUACAAAUAAGCUUUAGUUUAAUAGAAAAUAUACGGUACAUACCAUCUGUUUUAUGGCACAUAAAGCUUGAUUAGAUAAAAUGUCUUCAAUGUUAAAUGU